GCACUGAAAUGUUUCAAAGCUCUCUCUUUUCUAGGGUUUAACCAGUUCUUCACCUUUCCUCCUCCUUGUUCCGGCGGCUUCCGCUCUCUCUCCGCCGUUGAAUCAUGUCACUUUACCGCCUCCUUCUCCGCUCUUUUCGCCGCUCUUCAACCUCUCCGUCGCAUUCCCAAUCUCUGAGUAUUGGUCCUCUGAACCACCAUUUGCUGUCUCCAAUUCCACCGUCCUCUCAAAGUUCUUCUCCUAUCUCGCUCCUUCAUGCCCGUUCAUUUGCUUUUUCCUCUGCCGAAGAGGCUGCUGCCGAAAGACGCCGUAGAAAGCGCCGUCUUCGUAUUGAACCUCCUCUCCAUGCACUUCGUCGCGACAACUACCCGCCUCCACAGCGUGAUCCCAAUGCUCCUCGUCUUCCUGAUUCCACAUCCGCUCUUGUGGGACCUCGUCUUAAUCUUCACAAUCGUGUUCAAUCCCUGAUUCGUGCUGGUGAUCUUGAUGCAGCUUCUGCGGUUGCUCGCCACUCCGUGUUCUCGAAUACGCGGCCGACGGUUUUCACUUGUAACGCUAUUAUUGCUGCUAUGUAUCGGGCCAAGAGGUACAGUGAUGCGAUUGCACUGUUUCAAUUCUUUUUUAAUCAGUCGAAUAUAGUUCCCAAUGUUGUGUCGUAUAAUAACUUGAUUAAUGCUCAUUGCGAUGAGGGCCGUGUUGAUGUGAGUCUUGAGAUUUAUCGUCAUAUUAUUGCAAACGCCCCAUUUAGUCCCUCGGCAGUGACUUAUCGGCAUCUGACUAAGGGAUUGAUUGAUUCUGGGAGAAUUGGGGAGGCUGUGGAUCUUCUGCGGGAAAUGUUGAAUAAAGGUCAUGGGGCUGAUUCGUUGGUCUAUAAUAAUUUGAUUUCUGGGUUUCUAAAUUUGGAGAAUUUGGAGAAGGCGAAUGAACUGUUUGAUGAGUUGAAGGAGAGGUGUUUGGUGUAUGAUGGAGUUGUGAAUGCUACGUUCAUGGAUUGGUUUUUUAAUAGAGGGAAAGAGAAGGAGGCCAUGGAAUCGUACAAGUCAUUGCUUGAUAGGCAAUUCAAGAUGAUUCCCGCGACUUGCAAUGUGCUGUUGGAAGUUUUGCUUAAACAUGGGAAGAAAACGGAGGCUUGGACCUUAUUUGAUCAGAUGUUGGAUAACCACACUCCGCCAAAUUUUCAAGCAGUCAAUUCAGAUACGUUCAACAUAAUGGUUAAUGAGUGUUUUAAGCUCGGCAAGUUCUCCGAAGCAGUAGAGACUUUCCGGAAGGUGGGAACUCAACCAAAGUCGAGGCCUUUUGCUAUGGACGUUGCAGGGUAUAAUAAUAUCAUCGGUAGGUUUUGUGAGCAGGGAAUGAUGGCAGAUGCUGAGACUUUCUUUGCUGAACUUUGUUCAAAGUCUUUGUCCCCUGAUGUCCCAACUCACCGAACGCUAAUAGAAGCGUACUUAAAGAUUGAGCAGAUUGAUGAUGCAUUGAGAGUUUUUAACAGAAUGGUCGAUGUUGGUUUGCGAGUUGUUGCUAGCUUUGGAAAUAGGGUAUUUGGAGAAUUGAUUAAGAACGGCAAGGUAGUUGACUGUGCUCAGAUUUUAACAAAAAUGGGAGAGAGGGAUCCUAAACCAGAUCCCACAUGCUACGACGUGGUGAUCCAAGGGCUGUGCAAUGAAGGGGCACUGGAUGCUAGUCGGGAGUUGCUCGACCAAAUAAUGAGGUACGGUAUUGGUCUCACUCCUGCACUUCAGGAAUUCGUUAAAGAGGCAUUUGUAAAGGCUGGCCGGAGUGAAGAGAUUGAAAGACUGCUAAAUAUGAAUAGAUGGGGACAUGCUCCAUAUCGCCCCCCCUCUGGACCCCCAAGGAUAUCACAAUCGCAGGUACCACCUCAAAUGGGACCUCCUCGUCCGCCACCUCAAGGACACCCGCCAAUGGCCGAACCACAUUGGCAACCUUCCAUAAACCCUCAAGCUGGAGGAAGUUGUGCCCCUUCAUCACCUCAAAUGACAGGUCCUCAAGGACACCCGCCAAUGGCAGAACCACAUUGGCGGCCUUCCAUAAACCCUCAAGCGAGAGGAAGUUAUGCCCCUUCAUCACCUCAAAUGACAGGUCCUCAAGGACACCCGCCAAUGGCAGAACCACAUUGGCGGCCUUCCAUAAACCCUCAAGCGGGAGGAAGUUAUGGUCCUUCAUCACCUCAAAUGACAGGUCCUAACUAUUUUCAAUCAGGAUCAGCUCAAAUGACAAGACCACAACAGCCACCGUUCGAUCCGUCGCCAAUGGAGGAACAACAUCACUCACAACAACCCCCUCAAAUAGCUGGCCAGACGGUAGCUUGAUUCUUAGCUUCCUAAGUUAUUGGAGGAUGCUACUGUCAAAUUUUGACUUUGAGCUGACAGGGCAAUAUGUGAUCAAUUACAUACCACCACCACCUCCUUGUGCUGCAUGUUCCUUCUGUCAGUUCACCUCAAGUGUCUUCCAUUCAAGGGGCAUAGUCUCUGCCUACAUCCUAAUUAUAUUGGGGGACUCCAAGAACACAAUUUAGUCGGUUUCUAUGUAUUUUAUGGAGAGAAUUGGGAUAUAGUGGUGAUCUGGUUAGCAAGCAGGCUUACAAAACUUAUUAAAUAGUGUAGUACUCGGUGUCUACAGUAAUAUAAACAGCCAGAGCACGGCUGAGUUCGAGCCACCGUGACCCUAUCCGCCAAUGCUGGAGCUUAAUAUCUGGAAGCAUUUUGCUACUGUAGCGACGACGCCCAUAUCGGGUCGGUUCGUCAUAUGGUAUUACAAAACUGUGGACAGAAUUUGUCAAAGACUUGUAGACAGUUUGAAAGUGCAACUGGGAUACAGCUCUCAGUAAACAACAUUUUUGCAUUUGAGGUUUAGAGCUAGCAUUAAAGAAAUAUAUAACUUUGGUUCGGUUUAGGUUAAUCAAGUAAGUGGUGUUACUAUUGGUUUUGUUUGAUAAAUAGUAUGAAGUAUGAGCGGCACAUUCUCUAUGAUCCCUACUUGUGUCGUGUUUUAUGGCGAUUUGAUGUAUAUUAUGUUAUGUUAUGAAUUAUACC